AUGGAUCGAGAUUUAGAACAGGCUCUGGAUCGUGCAGAGAAUAUCACUGAAAUUGCCCAACAGAGACCUCCUAGAAGGAGAUACUCACCUAGAGUGGGAAAAACUCUACAGGAAAAACUUUAUGACAUUUAUGUUGAAGAAUGUGGAAAAGAGCCUGAGGAUCCUCAGGAAUUGAGAAGCAAUGUAAAUUCGUUAGAAAAGCUUGUUAGGAGAGAGUCCUUGCCAUGUUUACUGGUCAAUCUAUACCCAGGCAAUCAGGGGUAUUCUGUGAUGCUCCAGAGAGAAGAUGGGUCCUUUGCAGAGACCAUUCGGCUGCCUUAUGAUGAAAGGGCAUUGCUCGACUACUUGGAUGCAGAAGAAUUACCCCCUGCUUUGGGUGAUGUCCUGGAUAAAGCUUCGGUUAACAUUUUUCAUAGUGGGUGUGUCAUAGUAGAAGUUCGUGACUACAGGCAGUCCAGUAAUAUGCAACCUCCUGGUUACCAAAGCAGGCAUAUUCUCCUACGUCCAACGAUGCAGACUUUAGCCCAUGAGGUGAAGACGAUGACAAGAGAUGGCCAGAAAUGGAGCCAGGAAGACAGAUUUCCGCUUGAGAGUCAACUGAUCUUAGAGACAGCUGAACCACUGUGUCUUGAUCCUUCUGUAGCAGUCGCCUGCACUGCCAACAGGCUGCUGUACAACAAGCAAAAGAUGAAUACCGACCCGAUGAAACAGUGCCUCCGGAGGUAUUCGUGGCCUUCUGUAAAGCCACAGCAGGAGCAGUCUGACUGUCCACCUCCUCCUGAGCUGAGAGUGUCGACUUCUGGCCAAAAAGAAGAAAGAAAAGCGGGUCAGCCUUGUGAGCUGAACAUUGCUAAAGCAGGAAGUUGUGUAGACAUGUGGAAAUGCAGACCCUGUGACUGUGAUUUGGCCGUGCCUUCAGAAGUGGAUGUGGAGAAAAUUGCUAAAGGGUAUCAGUCUGUCACAGCUGCUGACCCACAGCUCCCAGUCUGGCCAGCCCAGGAGGUAGAAGACCCUUUCAGAUUUGCAUGGGAAGCUGGCUGUCAGGCCUGGGACACCAAGCCAAACAUCACGCAGUUGUUUAAUGAUCCAUUUUUCAGUGGUGAAAUACAGCUACAUAAAAAAGCCAGGCAGAAGAGCCAGAAGUCUCCCUGGCAGCCCUUCCCAGAUGACCAUUCAGCUUGUCUCAGGCCUGGGUCAGAGACUGAUGCUGGGAGGGCAGUGAGUCAGGCCCAGGAAUCGGUGCAGAGCAAAGUCAAAGGUCCAGGCAAGAUGUCACACAGCUCCAGUGGCCCAGCCAGUGUCAGUCAGCUCUCUUCACGGAAAACACCAGAACAGCCUGAGCCUGUGUGGGUCCAGUCUUCAGUAUUGGGGAAGGGAGAGAAACAUCCACCUCCCCGCACCCAACUUCCCUCAAGCUCAGGAAAGAUUUCCUCAGGUAACAGUUUUCCCCCACAACAGGCAGGCAGUUCUCUUAAGCGUCCAUUUCCUGCUGCUGCUGCUGCUGCUGCUGGGGCGGCGGUGGGGGCAGCACCAAGUCAUUCUCAGAAGCCCUCUGUGCCUCUCAUUCAAGCUAGCAGGCGCCAUCCAGCUGCCCAGCCCCCCACCAGAUUGGUAAAAAUAGCCCAUCCAGCCAAGGUCAGGACAGGCUCCACUGGCCUAAGGGCCAUCAACGUGGAGGGCCCAGUCCAGGGAGCCCAGGCUUUGGGGAGCAGUUUCAAGCCUGUGCAGGCCCCUGGCUCGGGUGGCCCGGCUCCUGCAGGAAUCAGUGGCAGUGGCCUUCAGUCCUCAGGAGGUCCACUCCCAGAUGCAAGGCCCGGUGCAGUGCAGGCAUCUUCUCCAGCACCCCUUCAGUUUUUCCUAAAUACUCCCGAAGGUCUCAAGCCUCUGAUACUCCUCCAGGUUCCACAGGGCUCGGUGGUUCUGACCAGCCGGCAGCAGCAGUUCCAUCAGCUGGUUUCCCUGCAGCAGCUCCAGCAGCCCACAGCUGCUCACCCUCCUCAGCCAGGGCCACAGGGUUCCGCACUAGGUUUGAGCACUCAAGGGCAGGCCUUCCCUGCUCAGCAAUUUCUUAACGUGAACCUCACUGGAGCAGGUAGUGGUCUGCAGCCCCAGCCCCAGGCUGCUGUGUUGGGUCUGCUUGGCUCUGCCCAGGUUCCUCAGCAGGGUGUCCAGCUCCCCUCUGUCUUGAGGCAGCAGCCACGGCUGCUGCAGCCACAACAACAGCCACAGCAGAUCCAGCUCCAGACUCAGCAGUUGAGAGUCCCACAGCAGCCAGUGUUUUUGGCAACAGGCGCUGUUCAGAUAGUGCAGCCACAUCCAGGUGGGCAAGCAGCAAGCCAGUCGGUAGGUCAGACGAAGGGAGGCAAGCCAACCCCUCCAGCGCCCUGAGGCUUGAGUAGUUUGUCUCUCUUUUAAAAGCA